AUGAACCAAGAAGAUUUAAAAUCCAAACUCCUGCAGUUUAGAUACAAAGAAAGUGAGUCUCCUAAGAAAAGACUAAAUGAUACUACUGAAUUACGAACUUCGGUAACUACUAUAAAGAAAAGAAAACAAGUUAGCAAUAAGGAGCAAGAUACGCGUAAUUAUAAAGACUUACAGCCUUCAUUAACUGAUAAACAAAUUCUUCUAUUCAUAGGUUUUAAUCCUGGUAUAGAGUCAUCAUUGCAGCAACAUCAUUAUGCUCAUUUUUCUAAUUUAUUUUGGAAAUUGUUUAAUGAAUCACAGUUAUUCUUAAAGGUUCUAUCUAGGAUAGACAAGGAUUACAUCAAUAAGAAUAUAGCGACAGAUAAAUUACUACAAGAGUUGGUACCUGAAAAAGAUGUUGACAAGACAUAUCUCAAACCCAAACAUGAUUUUGAAAUAAUUAAGUAUAGAAUCGGAUUUACUGAUUUAGUCUUAAGAUGUACGAAAACAGCACAAGAAUUAUCUCUACAAGAGAAACUAGCGAAUAUUCCAAGACUAGUUGACGAAUUCAAUUCUAGUGGAUCUGAAUAUAUUAUAUUUAUUGGUAAAGGCAUUUGGGAGAUGGUACUAAAGUAUAUGACCAAUGAACUAAGUAUAAAGAGAUUCAAACUAUCUAAACUAAAUUUUUCAUGGGGUAGACAAGAACAAAAUACCGAAAGAAAUAUAGAAGAUAUUCGUACCUAUAAUUUAAUACUCUCAAAAUUUAAGGAUAAAUUAUCAAACCAAUCCAGUAAGAUCUAUGUUUUCCCUAACACUUCAGGUUUGGUUGGUAGUUUGAAAUAUAGUGAGAAAUUAGAUCUAUGGAAUGAUUUGGCUAAUGACUUAGUGAAGUGA